UCAUACUUUACCUCAAUGGGAACCGGAGAAUAUACCACAAAAUGAAAUGGAUAUACAUUUGCGUAAAUUACGUGAAGACCAAUUGAAUAGUCUGCGUGAACAAGCAAUUAAUACAAGAGAAACUGUUUCAGAAAUUGACGAUGCAUUGAAAGAGUUGAAAUCGUAUCGUGAAACCAUUUUACAUUUAGCCAUAGAACCACAAAUGAGUAUACCCGAUAUUAUCAUAUGGAUGUUAUGCGGUGGUAAACGUACUGCAUAUCAUAGAAUACCAGCUCAUGAAGUAUUAUACCAUGACAAUGAAGAUUAUCGUGGAUUAAAGUGUGGCACAGCACAAACAAUCAAUUUAAAAGUGAGUUUAGAAAUGUUUAGAUAUGAUCAUAGGACACUUAUUUAUUCAAUGUGA